AUGAUAUUUGAAGUUGAACAAGUUCAAUUAACAUCAAGUAUUCAACGUUCAAACGAACUUAUACUUCUUUUACAACGUAAUGUUUGGCCUGCAAUUGAAUAUUUGAGUGUUACUAAUGAAGAACUACAUAUUGUUUUACCAAUAAAUGAAGGCAAAUCAACAUCGUGUAUCCAACUUUGUAAACAUGAUCUGCAUGAAAGAUUCAAUGGUACUCGACUACGAUAUUUACUGAUAUGUUAUUUAAAUCUCACUGAUGUUGUCAUAUUACUUGGCUCGUUAACUAUGCCUUUACUUGAAAACAUGAUAUUGGUUGAUUUGUAUGAUCAUAUUAGAACGUGUAACUAUAUCAAACAAAUACUCGAUGCAUCACCAAAUCUUUCACAUCUUGUAGUGACAUGGAAGGAUUUUCGAGAUUGUUCAAAUAGCUACUUAAAUCUUCGCCAUGUCAAUCUCAUAUUAGAACCAUUAUGUCCUGAACCUACAGAAUAUUUUAAUAUUGAUCGAUUAGCUCAAUUAGUAUCUAAUCUACGUUCUCUUGAAAUCAGUUAUACAACUAUUAAGUUAAAUGAAAAUCUUGUUCAAUUUAUUUGGAAAAUUAUUCAUCGACUUGAUCAGUUAGUUUAUUUAAUAGUGAACAAAGAUUGUCUUUAUCAAGUAAAACAUGAAAAAAGGAAAAUGUUCAAAGAAAGACUAUUAGCAGUUGGACAUGAUCAAUUAUUUGAUUGUAAUAAUAUUAAAAUUAAAUUUCGUAGAUACGACUAG